CAAUUUCCAUCAGAUGGACGAUGACUGACCCCACAGGGCCUGUAGCCAGAGCAAUCUGUUAUAGCUGAAAGACUGCAAAUGCUCCCUCUAUCCCCCUCCAGAGCCACUUAGUGGAUCGAUAUUUACUGACCAUGCUAAUAGUCUGUUUUUAAUUUGUUUUUAUUUUAGCAUGUUUUUAACUUGUUCUUUUAUCUGACUUUUAUGGGAACUGCGAUUCCCCUUUUCAGGCACCUGUGUCCAUUUCUAUAUAUUCUGGUCAUAGACCGUAAUAAAUUGCUGAAUGCCAUAUAUGACCUGUGUCCAGAAUAAAGUUUUUCCAUCCUAAUCUUCUUCUUCUCCAUCGUGUUUUUUAAAAAGGUCCAUCUGCAAACACGACAACUUCUACAGCAGGUAAGGACGCAGUUAUUUAAAUAGUUCACAGUUUUCCCCAUCAAGGAUUUAGAAGACAGAAUAUUAGUUUUGCAUUUCAUUUGGUUCUGUGUCCAAAUAAAUACGAUAAUGUGUUAUCCUCAAAACAUUAGAACAUAAUUGAAUGCCAUAUAUGACCUGUGUCCAGAAUAAAGUUUUUCAAUCCUAAUCUUCUUCUUCUCCAUCGCGUUUUUUAAAAGGUCCAUCUGCAAACACGACAACUUCUACAGCAGGUCCAUCUGCAAACACGACAACUUCUACAGCAGGUAAGGACGCAGUUAUUUACAUAGUUCACAGUUUUCCCCAUCAAGGAUUUAAAAGGCAGAAUAUUAGUUUUGCAUUUCAUUUAGUUCUCUGUCCAAAUAAAUAGGAAUAUCUGUUAUCCUCGAAACUUUAGAACAUAAUUGAAUGCCAUAUAUGACCUGUGUCCAGAAUAAAGUUUUUCCAUCUUAAUUUUCUUCUCCAUCCCAUUUUUAAAAGGUCCACCUAUAAUUACAACAACUUCAACAGCAGAUAAGGACUCAGUUAUUUAAAUAGUUCACAGUUUUCCCCACCAAGGAUUUAGAAGACAGAAUAUUAGUUUUGCAUUUCUUUUAGUUCUGUGUCCAAAUAAAUAGGAAAAUGUGUUAUCCCCAAAACAUUAGAACAUAAUUGAAUGCCAUAUAUGACCUGUGUCCAGAAUAAAGUUUUUCCAUCCUAAUCUUCUUCUCCAUCGCGUUUUUUAAAAGGUCCAUCUGCAAACACGACAACUUCUACAGCAGGUCCACCUAUAAUUAUGACAACUUCUACAGCAGGUCCAUCUGCAAACACGACAGCUUCUACAGCAGGUCCAUCUGCAAACACGACAACUUCUACAGCAGGUCCACCUGUAAUCACGACAACUUCUACAGCAGGUCCACCUAUAAUUAUGACAACUUCUACAGCAGGUCCAUCUGCAAACACGACAACUUCUACAGCAGGUCCACCUGCAAACACGACAACUUCUACAGCAGGUCCACCUGUAAUCACGACAACUUCUACAGCAGGUCCAUCUGCAAACACGACAACUUCUACAGCAGGUCCAUCUUCAAGUACGACAAUUUCAACAACAAGUCCAUCUACAAACACGACAACUUCUACAGCAGGUCCAUCUAUGAACAUGACAACUUCUACAGCAGGUCCAUCUUCAAGUACGACAAUUUCAUCAACAAGUCCAUCUUCAAGUACGACAAUUUCAACAACAAGUCCAUCUACAAACACGGCAACUUCUACAACAAAACAGGUCAGUUGUAAUAGCCAGUCGUGUAAAUAUGGAGCUACAUGUGUCAAGCUGUACCAUGAUAUUUUCUGUCAGUGUCCUUACGGCUACUAUUAUUCAGAAGGUUGCCAGUUAGGGAAAAUAUUCCCAGGAGAAAUCAGUCUGGAAAAGCAGUAUGACCCUGCAAUGGCAAAUGAGCAAUCCAUAGAAUAUUUAGAAGUAUACACCAGUGUCACUAAAUUCUUUUCUGAAAAAAUGAAAGGUGAGGCAAGCUACAAGGAAACAAGCAUCACAAGCAUAAAGGAAGCACCAACAACACUGCAGAAGCUCAGUAGAGCAGCAGGGAAUAUUGCUGUUACAGUCAUCAAUAAGUUUGAAACAAACACAAGUUUAACCAUGGCUGAUGUGGUGGAUCUCAUAAAAAAUCAACCUUGCAGUGGUAUCAUCAUUUGCAAUUCCUUUACAGAUGUAUCACAAUGUGAUGCUUACAACUGUGAUGAAGACACAACUGUAUGCAAUGAAACAAGCAGUGAUUCUUUUCCAACCUGUGAUUGUAAACAAGGUCUCGCUAAGAAGACACUUGAGGCUAAAACCUGUUCAAUAUGUGACACCACAGAGUGUUCCCCAGAGAAACACAAGCGUUGUUCCAUUACUGCCAAACAAGUUCCGGUGUGCCAAUGUAUGGCUGGUUAUCGAGAACAGGGUGGCGUUUGCAAGGCGUGUGAUUUUGGCUACUCUGGAGAAAAAUGUGAAGAGUAUUACCUGGCAGUCCUUGUAGGAGUGGCUGCUGCGUGUGGAGUUAUUAUUGUGGUCUUAACUGGAGUCCUCAUCUACAGAUGCCACAGAGAAAGCGGAGAGCCAAAACCUGACAGAAAGAGUUUGAUAGGCAAUGAAUAUUCAACCACAGGGAAGGUUUCAGAAGGCAACUCUGCCACAACUUCUGCUGGAAGUGAGAGACUCUUUCCCAGAAUCCAACUUAGAAGUCCUGAGCAGAUUAACAGAGCCGCCACAGCAGGAGUUUCAAACAGUUCUUACCUUCCUGAGCGAGACUAUGAUGAUGACAAAAAUCGCAUGUAUGAAAUGAGAGAGAGAAUGUAAAUCCAUCUGAAAAGUGAGACUGAGAAUGCUUGUGAGUUUCAACUCUGCCAAGGAACCAACACACCAUUUCUCAGCAGUUUCUCCAGUUUUUCUGUGACAUUGCUAUGUGGCUAUCAUGAUGCUUCACAUUGCUAACACAUCUUGCUAAUUAUCUUUUGAAAAUGGACCAGUGGGUUUGAUAGAACUUCAGCUUAUGCUUGCUGUCUUGUUUAAAUGAAUUGGGAACUGGGGGUGGGAGGGACAUACAGCUCCAGGUAUGAUAACUAUAAUGGCAUUUGGAUAUCUUCUGCCAUAUUGGGCAUCCAGGACACCACAGAAGAAGAGAAGGCCAAAAGAAAACCCAAUAAUUUGUUUGCAGUGUUGUCUAAUAACAGGUUUUGCACUUUGACUGUAACAUGAUUUAUUAUUCUGUUAAAGCAGUUUUCUGUUUGCCUUUAUUUUGUGCUUGUUUUUAAAUACAGAUUUUCAUUCUAUAAAAGUGACUUUCAAUAUAA